AGCCGGACUUAGUACAACGCUUUCGUUUUAGUCAGCGAAACCAACAACCUGAUGAAUCCAAUGAGGAUUUCGUGCAGGCGGUCAAGCUGCAGGCGGAAUUCUGUGGUUUUGGUGCGUUUAGGGACGUGGCCAUAAUGGACAGAGUUCUGGCGGGUCUUCUUGACGGGAAUUUGAAGGAGAAUUUGUUGAAGGAGGAGGGGUUGACUUUGGACAAGAUGGACAAGUUCAUCACGACAUGGAACAUAGCAAAACGUAACGUGAGUGCGCUUAACAAUCAAAACUCUUGUGCUAAUUUUGGACAAUUUAACUACCCUCCACCUGAAAUGGUCAACCAAGUUCGAAGACCGGUGCACGAGAGGUUAGGUUCACAUCCCUACAACAAUAGACAACAUUCAAACACACAUAACAACUAUUACAGAUCGGGCUUCAAUAGAAACAGUAAUAGAUACAACAACAAUAGAUCGGGUCAAAACAAUCAUCAGCAGCGCGCACAAAACACACAAAAUACACAUAACACACAACGUUCAGUCAGAUUUCAAGGUGAUAACCGUAAUGACAAUCAAAGAAACACAAACUACAAUAACAACAACAACAACAACAACAGAUUCAAUUAUCGAACUGAGAGGGUUAAGCCUGAUUAUUCUGAGACUGUUUGCGAUUAUUGUGGGAAACUGGGGCACAUUAAAAAGAGGUGCUUCACAUGGAAGAAUUUGCGACGUGAUGCUGUGAAUUUCGUCGAGAUGGCGCGACCGGGAACCAGUGCUGAGAGAGAGCUGGCGGAUCUAUUGGGGCGUAUGAACACGAGGGAAGAUCCGAAUGAGGAGACUUCGGAUGCGGAAAGCUACUCCGAGUGGAACCAAGGUGUCGGCUGGAAGCGCGGUGUGGCUAGCGCAUCGCGAUCAGCUUAAACCACAUUACCAGCAACAAGGCGAACGGCCGAACCUGAUGACGCCGUUCGAGAAGUCUGCGCCGGACGCGGCAGUGGUGGAUUUGGACGUUGAGAUGCUGAAUUUAGACGAAGAUAUGUUGGGGGCCGGAUACGGCGGAAGCGGCUUGUUCCGGGGUUUCCCGGAAGCUGCAACGGCACGAUCCAGAAGCCGGAAGCGAGACGCAUCUGCGGCAGAAUUGCCGGCGGUUUGCCUUCGGCGCUCGAAGCGAAUUAAGAAGCCUGUGGUGAACAGUGAAUUUAUCUAUAGAUAAUAAUUUUACGAUUUCUGAACACUUAGUUCUUUCUCAUCAUCUAAAUAAUUUGGAUUAUUUUCUAUGUAAAUAACUACAUUACCUUUGUAAUUUCUUGAAUGAAUUUUCUUAUCUUAAAACUAUGUAUUUUCUCUAAAGGGGAAGAACUGAUAGGUACCGCCCUAUCAUUAAAAUGUCAUUUGACGUUCUCUUUACUUGUAACGGUAUUAGUGAAAUGAAUAAUAUGAAGGUGAAAUAAAAGAGCUCGCA